AUGGCAGGAAUCCAAACCGAGCUCGACAACCUGGUCGCCAACGAGGCAUGCAAGGCCGCCUUUUUCUUCUCUUCCGAGGGAAAGUUCUACUCCAACGCAGAUUUCAGCCUAGGAGACCUCUCUCCAUUGCUUGGAGCAGUAAAGUCUGGAGCUUCAUCAGUCGAGGUCGCAGGCAGGAAAUACACCAUCACAGGCUACGACGCGGAUGUUUUGAGCGUUGCCGACCCUGAACGACCAGAGGUCACCAUGAGAGUUGCUACUCCAGCUGGUGCUCAGAACGGCAAACAGAUUGCUGGCGCUCUUUGCACUGAUGCUUUCUUGCCAACUUUCAAGGAGGCUGCCAACAAGCUUUACGGACUGGACGCAUGA